AUGCCUACCAUGAGUUUGGACUCAAUUGUGUAUUUAUUACACGAGUAUUGGGUCGACACCGAUGAACAUAUGAAAGAUUAUCCACUUAUUGGCGGAGGACCUGUUGUGAUAAACGCAUACUUCAUAUACACUUCACUCAAAUGGCUAGAGUUUGACCGCAAGUCAUGGAACCCAAGACUACCCCCGAGUAACCAAUGGUCUCAGAAAGCCAUACAAGAGUUGCCCGAAAAAUUCCUUUAAUGGGUUACCUUGUGGUUAAACAAUGUCCGCAAACAGUGAUUGGGGAAGUGAUUUGUUUGCUCAACUCUACUGUCCAUACAGUCAUGUAUUUGUAUUACUUAUUGUCAGCAUUUGGACCCCAAAUACAGCCCUAUUUAUGGUG